AUGGCAACUGUCGUUGACAGCACCGCUCAUUUUGAUGCACGGCUGCUGGAGAGUGGGAUCUCACAGACAGUGCUGGAUUCCAUAAAAGCAAGCGGAGUGGAUACUCUCAGUCGAUUAGCAUUUGCGGUAGGCCAACCGAAUCAACCAUUGGCCAAUGACGACAUCACAGGAUUCUUGCAGACAGCAUUGGGAAGGGCCCCAUCGUUGUUGGAGACCUCAACGGUCAAGAGGCUAGCGUUCGAAGCUCAGACCUUCCUGGUGGCGUCUCUACGCCAAAGCAUUGAACAGACUGACGAUUCGGUUCCCAGGAAAAUAGCCUUUGCAGAAAGAGCUUCAAGAAUGCAGGCAAUAAAGACGGCUUUGUUAGGUGUGAACAUCUCUGGUGAGUUUGAGCCAUCGCAUUUGCUUCUGGACAAAGCUUGUUCCAUGUAUGAAAAGAACAUCGUGGUGUACUUGGAGCCGAGCACAUGUGUUAGCAGGACUUUGGAAGUCCAAGGUGCAAAGCAGAGUCGUGAAUUGAGUUUGGAAAAGGGAUCUUUGGUCCUUAGAAAUCAAGACCAAUUGACAAGUGCUACUGAUAGUGAGAUAAAGCUUCACAAUGCCCUUGUCCGCCGUGGCAUCGCUCUUCAGUUUGCGAAGUUGAUGUCACACGCUCAACACACAGAAUGGGCAACAUUCCUGUUCGAGGCCCUGCAUCGUGAUGCACCGCCUGGAUACAGCCGACCAAGUGUGGCACAACUACUACAAUGUGACAGAGCGGCUUGGGCAAGAUUAGGCAGUACGGUGAACAGCAUCAGGCAGGACCAGCUUGGAGGUUAUCCAUUAGGUGAUGCUCUUUUGGCUUUGAGAUCAGACCCAUACAUUACAUUGUAUUUGGCACCUUUAGCAAGGCAUGGGUCGACGCAGAGCGAUUCCGGGCGUCGCAACACUGGACCCUAUGAGUCAACAUGGCAUGAUCGCAAUACGAAAGGAAAAGGAAAGGGCAAGAAGGGUUCAGGCAAGGGUGGAAAGGGCAAUCCGCCUAUGCCGCGUGAUCUUCAUGGCAAAUGGCACAAGACGCCAAAAGGAGAGCCGAUUUGCUUUGGGUACAAUACGACACAGGGCUGUCCAGAGAAGAACGUGAAAGCUGGUGAAAAGUGUCGAAGAGGGCUUCAUGUAUGCGCCGAGCCAAAAUGCCAACAGGCUCACCCGCUGCAUGAGCAUGGACGGUGA